GAGCACCAGCCCAGCCACUGAGACUAAACGCUUCCCGGCACUGUGAAGCCACUGUGCUCUCUCUCUCUCUCUCUCUAGCUCUCUCGCUUUCUCAUUCUCUCAGUACAGGUUAAUAGGACCACCUUCUGCUCACUCCCAACUUUGUUUCUUUGAGAAAUUAAUUGUCUCAAAUUAAUUUUUUCGUUGAUUUUAUUUUUUCAUUUGUAUGUGAAUAUUGUAUACACGGUGUUUUUUUGUUUUUUUUUACUUUUUUUUUCCCUCCGAGUCAGCACUGAGAUGUCUUGAGUUUGGAGUUGAGGAUAAUUCCGCGUACAUAUCUGAGCCGUGUGUCUCUAAGCGUGUGCAGGUCUGCCAGUUUUCCUCAAGAAACUUUUUUUUUUUGCAGUUUUUCCCCUCCUCCGCACAGUGGAAUGUGGGGCUUAUGGCAGUGAGAGGCAGGUAUUUUGCUCCGGCUAGUACUAAUUACUCGCUCUCUCCUCAAGACCUCGCGGGCGUCGUCUCUACCCCCUGAGUCCGGCGCUGUGGCUCCACGGCCGAAGGGAACAGAAGUGACAGGUCGGGACGAAGAAAAGAGGAGAAGACCUGCGCACAACAGGUUGCAGGUUCGAGGGAGUCUCUAGACGCCCCGGGGACAAAGGACAGAGGGAAGAUGCGUUUGUUUUGAAUUCCGCUCCUAGGACGUUGCUCUUUAAAUGGUGACACGAGACCUGACUAAUCAGCGCAGACUUCAGAAACGACCCGCCAGGCCCCAGAAGAGAUUGGAUGGUUGUAGCAGAAUGACAGCAGAAGACUCCGCCUCUGCCCCCACCAUGAGUAACUCAAACCCCUCCGGCUCCAAGCCCGCUGGCCACACCCAUCCUGCCCACCAUACCCCCGUCGGUGUGCCCGAGGGCGUGGCGGGAGCCCCCAACGAGGGCGCCCUGGUGGCUCUGAUGGAGCGCACGGGCUACGGCAUGGUCCAGGAGAACGGCCAGCGCAAAUACGGCCCCCCGCCAGGCUGGGAGGGCCCCGCCCCGCCGCGGGGCUGCGAGAUCUUUGUGGGCAAGAUCCCGCGCGAUGUCUACGAGGACGAGCUGGUGCCUGUGUUCGAGCUGGUGGGCCGCAUCUACGAGAUGCGCCUGAUGAUGGACUUCGACGGGAAGAACCGGGGCUAUGCCUUCGUCAUGUACACACAGAAGCACGAGGCCAAGCGGGCCGUGCGGGAGCUCAACAACUACGAGGUGCGCCCGGGCAGGCUGCUUGGCGUCUGCAGCAGCGUGGACAACUGCCGGCUGUUCAUCGGCGGUAUCCCCAAGACCAAGAAGCGCGAGGAGAUCCUGGAGGAGGUCUCCAAGGUGACGGAGGGUGUGCUGGACGUCAUCGUCUACGCCAGUGCCGCCGACAAGAUGAAGAACCGCGGCUUCGCCUUCGUGGAGUACGAGAGCCACCGGGCAGCCGCCAUGGCCCGGCGCAAGCUGAUGCCAGGCCGCAUCCAGCUGUGGGGCCACCAGAUCGCCGUGGACUGGGCCGAGCCCGAGAUCGACGUGGACGAGGACGUGAUGGAGACGGUCAAGAUCCUCUACGUGCGCAACCUGAUGAUCGAGACGUCGGAGGAGAUGCUGCGGCAGAUCUUCAGCCAGUUCAACCCGGGCUGCGUGGAGCGCGUCAAGAAGAUCCGCGACUACGCCUUCGUGCACUUCGCCAGCCGGGAGGACGCCGUCGUCGCCAUGGACAACCUCAACGGCACCGAGGUGGAGGGAUCCUGCGUGGAGGUCACCCUGGCCAAGCCCGUUGACAAGGAGCAGUACACCCGCUACCAGAAGGCCUCCAAAGGCACCGCACCCGUAGCCACCCAAGAAGCCUCCCAGUCCGGCUACGUUUACCAGUGUGACCCCUACACGCUAACCUACUACGGAUACCCCUACAGCACACUGAUAGGACCCAACAGGGACUACUUCAUAAAAGGUACUGUAAGAGGCCGAGGGCGCGCGGCCACUGGGAAUAGGGGGCCGGGCCCACGGGGCUCCUACCUAGGGGGUUAUUCGGCCGGCCGAGGUAUCUACAGCCGCUACCACGAUGGGAAGGCCAAACAGCAGGACAAGCCCUACGAGCUGGUCCCCAACCUGGAGCUGACCACGGUCAACCAAGCGGGCCUCAAGCCUGGCACAAUGCCUCUCCCUCCCCAGUACCCCAUGUUCCCUGCCUGCCCCACUGCUAAAGUCAUGGAGGACGGGAAGAUCCACACAGUGGAGCACCUCAUCAACCCACUGGCCCUUCAGCACGACCCCACGGGGGUCCCUGCUCCCCCUACAGUCAUCCCUGCUGGCUCUACCCCACCCCCAUUCCAGGGACGCCCCAUCACCCCAGUGUAUGCCAUGGCCCAUAGCGUCCAGCGCAUCCCGGCAGGCGCCGGCCUCUACGGGGCGAGCUACGUGCCCAUCGCUGCGCCCGCCAACUCUGCCGCGCUGGCGGCCCUGCAGAAGAACGCGGCGGUGGCGGCCGCCUACGGGGGCUACCCCGGAUACGUACCUCAGGCCUUCCCAGCCGCCACCUUCCAGAUGCCCAUUCACGACGUGUACCCCACCUACUGAGGGAGCCCCCCCAACCCCUCCCCCCCACAGUCGC